UCUUCGUUCAUAUUUUAGUCUCGCACUGUUUGUGAUCGUUGCAACAAGUUUCUUGACAUUGAUAGUCGUUUAUUCUUUUUUUGAAUUUGAAAUUCUGUUCGUCAGUAAAAAUGAAGGUGAUAUUAUUGUUUUCGUUCCUGGCUGUGGCUUCCAGCUACCCUAUCGUGAAGACAUGGACCCUCACUGAACUGUCCACAGCCAUUGAGACCAAGCAAGUGGGCCCUGACAUGAUGCCAUACCUGGAGGCAGCUCUCAACGAGAUCAUGUAUGGACUGUUUACGGGUAAAACUGAUUCCAUCCACGCAGCCAUUCCAUCACCAACAGGAGCUGAUACCUGGACCGUGCAGGAGUUGAAGCAAGCUCUUAAAGAUUCCAGCGUGAGGCCUGAGUACCGUCCAGCUCUGUUGCAGGCACAGGCCUUUGUGGAGCGCAAGAAUGAAACUGGAGAACUAGAGGAGCCCGUUCAAGUACUGAUCCCAGCUUUAGAUAUUGCAACAUGGAGUGAGUCCGACCUGUUGGAAGCUCUGAACAAUCCCAGCACUAAGGAAGAACUCCGGCCUUUCUUGGAGAAGGCAUUCAAUGAUCUGAGAGAUGCUCAAGAAGAGGGAGAAACACGGAACAUCGUUUACACAGUCACUCCCGUUGGUAUGAUACCUCCUAAGUCUGAUUACGAUUUCUUGCUAAAACCAUCGAAACGCCUCAUCAAGAAGACUAAGAAAGGACUGUAAUUAGAUUGUAUUCUGUCAAUGAUGUGUGUGAAAGGAACAAGUUUGAACAAUGAAGAUGUUGUGAUUUGAAUUCUGGUGGUACUGCGAUUUUAAUAAAUGGAUACUUAGAUAAUA